GAAAUAGGAGGUAGCGGGAUGCAACCCCCAGUUUAUUGAGUCAAAUAAAGUUAAAAGAGUAAUUCACUGUAUAGAGCUCUUUUUUGUUAUCUUCGGGCAAAUCUAAGUGCAUCUAAAUGAGGAUGCCCAUGUUUCCAAGAACCCUCCCUAUAUACAUACAUACAUACAUAUAUAUAGAGAUAGAUGGCUGCCUCCCAGAGACAUAGCCAUUCUAUUCACCCUGUGAGGUUUUUUUCUGAAGUGUUGCAGUUUCUGGUUCUUGAGGGUAGAAGAAAUGGAGGUGGCGCACUUCUUGUUUGGAAUCUUUGUGUUACGUUUUGGAGGAUUAUAAAACACAAAUCAACAGAGGAUUUUUCAGGGAUACCCUACAACAUGACCCUGCUCAAUUGCUUCCUCUCUGCUUGGUAUGGGCUGCCGUUCGUGUCGCCCAACAACCUGCUCGUGUCGACGAUCAACGGUGCGGGGACGGUGAUCGAACUGGUGUAUGUGGUGAUCUUCAUUGUGUACGCGCCCCGAAAGGUGAGGACUAAGACGCUGUGCUUCUUCGUCAUCGUCGUGGCCAUCUCCGCCAUCGUCGCCUUUGUUUCUCUCCUCGCCCUCCAUGGCCACGCCCGCAAGCUCUUCUGCGGUUUUGCUGCUUCCAUUUUCUCCGUCGUAAUGUAUGGCUCGCCACUCUUCAUCAUGAGAUUGGUGAUCCGAACUAAAAGCGUGGAGUUCAUGCCCUUUUUUCUUUCAUUGUUUUCGUUCUUGUGCGGGACAUCUUGGUUCAUCUACGGGCUACUUGGUCGUGAUCCUUUUGUUUGGGUGCAGAAUGGGUGUGGAAGUGCACUUGGAGCGGUGCAGCUCAUCUUGUACGCUAUCUACAGGAACCACAAGGGAGCAGUUGCCGCCGCCGCCACCAAGGCGGGCACGGUGGAAAUGAACGGCACCGAGAAGACGACCAAUGGGGCCCAGAACUCGGUGCACGACCGCGUCUAAGCGUGGUCGGACAGCGCCCGGCCGACGAACGGGGUUGUAUUUUUUGCAUUAAAAAAGAUUCGACUUUCUUUCGCACAAAUCUACCGUUGAAUUGCUGACCCCACAUAUCUCAAAGCACGCCGGCUGCGUUAUUCAUCUGCUGCGCUUCCCCCAUCAAAUCGAGCGGUGGAUGAUCCGACGGUGGAUUCGACCCCGACCCGUUGGGCGACGGCUGCCUGCCCUUCGUCUACUUUUUUUUUUGCUUUCCUCUUUCUAUUUUUGUUCCUUCUUUUCUCUUACCCAGGCAUGAUGACAAUCGUAUAGAAAUUCUAUGCGGCUGCCAUUGCGUCCUGAACUUCUUGCACCAAUAAGAAGCAUGAGUUUUAUUUUUUAUUCUCA